GACUGUUGAAGCCUGGAGGUCCCCUCCCCUCCCCCUUCCCCCCUCUGCCGCUUUGUGGCACCCCCCUCCCUCCACCCUUGUCCACUCUGAUAUAUAACCAUGACUAGCAGAAGCACAGCAAGGCCCAACGGGCAGCCCCAGGCCAGCAAAAUAUGCCAAUUCAAAUUGGUCCUGCUUGGUGAAUCUGCAGUGGGGAAGUCUAGCCUGGUAUUACGUUUUGUCAAAGGGCAGUUCCACGAGUACCAGGAGAGUACUAUUGGAGCUGCCUUCCUCACCCAAUCUGUCUGUCUAGAUGACACAACAGUCAAAUUUGAGAUCUGGGACACAGCUGGGCAGGAGCGAUACCAUAGCUUGGCCCCUAUGUACUACAGAGGUGCCCAAGCUGCAAUUGUGGUUUAUGAUAUUACUAAUCAGGAAACCUUUGCCCGAGCAAAGACCUGGGUAAAGGAACUACAGCGACAGGCCAGUCCUAGCAUCGUUAUUGCCCUGGCGGGGAAUAAAGCUGAUCUGGCCAACAAGCGCACGGUGGAGUAUGAAGAGGCGCAGGCAUAUGCAGAUGACAACAGCUUAUUGUUUAUGGAGACUUCAGCCAAGACAGCUAUGAACGUGAACGACCUCUUCCUGGCAAUAGCUAAGAAGUUGCCAAAGAGUGAACCCCAGAGUCUGGGGGGUGCAGCAGGCCGAAGCCGGGGUGUGGAUCUCCAUGAGCAGUCCCAGCAGAACAAGAGCCAGUGUUGUAGCAACUAAGGGGGUGGCUAGCAGCAAACAGUAUGGAGCUAGCACGAGAGCUAAGAAAUAACCUCCAUCCCCACCCCUCAGCACACAGCCCCUAUGGUAACAGCACACUGAGCCCUGGCUCCCAAGGGCUGCCUCCUGACAGCUCCGUCUUGGCACUUUUUAAUGCUUCAGCAACCGACACCAGGCAGCUGUUGCCACUGGCCUCCAACCCCCCUAGUGUGGGGCUUGGGGUUAGAUCCCCCAGGACUUACCUUCCAAAACAAACUUUCUUCACUGUGUAUUAUAGGUGCAAGACAGUGACCUACAUAUCUUUCCUUCUCUUCCUCAUUUUUCCUGAAAACAUUUUUUUGUCUCCUGUCUCUUCCCCUUCUGCUUUUGGUCAGUCCCUGUUCUUGACCCCUGUUUCCUUUUCUCCCCAGGAUGAAGAAGGUAGUGGUUCCAGGAACUGAGGAAGAAAGUUUUCAGUUCAGCCCCAUUCAGGGCCCUUGGGGGAGUAUAGAGCUCAGAGCAGGGAGGGAGGAGCCAUUUUUCUUUUCGUUUUUAUCUAGUUUGAUAACACUGCAGAAUCCAUGAGUUGGUUGUGUGGAGGGUUUCUUGGUAGAGGUGAGACUGGGAAGGCAAGCUCUCCGCACGAGGUGGGUCAUAUUAUCAGCUAACUGGGUCGAGGUGGAGAUGGCAGUGUCAUCUAUGGCUCUGAAUUCUGGAGAAGCCUAUUUUCCCCUCGUCCAGCCUCAUAGGUAGCCUCUCCCCCACUUCAUGGGGGAAGUCUCUGGACCCCAGAGUCCUCCAAAGAAUCUUCACUGGUUGCCUGCAUCUUUGGCUCUGCUGUGACCUAAUUGGGGGAGGGAUCAGAUUUUGUUACCCAUCCUCUGAUUUAUACUUAUGCAUUUGUUUUUUCUCUCUGGCCCGAAGAUGGCCUCAGCCCCAGCCACUAUAUCCCCCUGCAGUUUGCACUUUAAUUGAGGAGAGUUUUGUUGGGAUACUUGUUUCAUGAGGGUUUUGAUUGACUUUACCUAACCUCUUACAUUUGUAAGGAAAGAGUCCCAAGAUGUAGAUGAGGUUUGGGCCGAGGCUAUAGAGUACAAUACCUAUGGCAGCUACCCAAGCCCAGUGUGUCUCUACUACUAGUUUCCUCAACUCUGAUUUUUAACCUCUCCUGCCCACCUUGCUCUUGGAUAUAGGUUUUCCUUUCCUGGGAAAUUGAGUUGCUGCAAAGUGGUCUCAGGAUAGCUUAGGCCAAGGUAGGAGAGUGAAGAAGCAUCAGGCAAUGGGGAAGGUUUUCUAUUCUUUCCCAGGGUUCACAUUCAGUUUGAUCCACCCAUUGUCGUGUCUUUUCUAUUUUCCUGUAAAUAGGUAUGAUUCUUAUUUCCAGUGUUUAGACUGUUCUGUCCUCUACCUCCCCUCGGGCCCUACUUCCCCCUUGGUUAGUACCUUCAGUUUAGUGCCUCCAUUCUUCUCCCUCUUCCCACUCCCUGCGUGCCUCUCCCCCUCAUGUAAACAGUGGCUUACUCCAUUUACCACUAGGGGCUAGUACCACAGAGGCCUGUUUAUGGCCCUUCACAUCACCUGUUCCUCUAGACAGGGAAUAAUUAGCACUGAAGGUCCCUCACAGCUUUCUCAGAUCACCGGGAAAUACCUUUCUAAAUCUGACCUCUCUUCACAACCCUCAUCAGGUGUUGCAGGAUAGGAUGUCUGUAGGAAGCCAUCAAGGAAAGAGUGAACUCUAAGCUCAUUGUUACAGCCCAGAAUUUUCAGGAAAUUUUGGGAGAUGUGGUAGGAACGACCACAGUGACCUAGGAUAGGAACAUUCCUGCCCUUUUGACUUACAGACUGCCUCUGUCCCAGAGCAGCUGAGAAAUCCAUGAAGCUGAGAUUCUGAAGAACCCAGCUCACGUUCUUCCACUUAGGCCUCAAU